GCUGGGCUGGGGGAAGGAGGUGACACGGAGGCCGCCCUUGCCCCGCCACCCCUCACCCUUUUCCCCCCCGCCCCGGUUCCGGGAGAUGUGCCGGGCGGGGGGCCGGGGUUCGCGGAGCCGCAGGAGACACGCGCAGGGCCGACCCCAGAGCGGCGCUGGACAGGCUGGUGGGCCAGGCCGUGGUGCCCACCUGCUGAUGCGGGGCAAGGCCCCCGGCACAGGACACUGAGCACCCCGAACACGCGCCCGGCUGCCACCAUGGCCCGUCUGGCCGCAGUGCUCUGGAGCCUCUGCAUCACCGGCGUCCUUGUCACUUCGGCCACCCAAGGCCUGAGCCGGGCCGGGCUCCCAUUUGGACUGAUGCGCCGGGAGCUGGCGUGCGAAGGCUACCCCAUCGAGCUGCGGUGCCCAGGCAGCGACGUCAUCAUGGUGGAGAACGCCAACUACGGGCGCACAGAUGACAAGAUCUGCGACGCCGACCCUUUCCAGAUGGAGAAUGUGCAGUGCUACCUCCCCGAUGCCUUCAAGAUCAUGUCGCAGAGGUGUAACAACCGCACCCAGUGCGUGGUGGUUGCCGGCUCUGACGCCUUUCCUGACCCCUGUCCUGGGACCUACAAGUACCUGGAGGUGCAGUACGACUGUGUCCCCUACAAAGUGGAGCAGAAAGUCUUCGUGUGCCCAGGGACCCUACAGAAGGUGUUGGAGCCCACGUCCACGCACGAGUCGGAACACCAGUCUGGCGCGUGGUGCAAGGACCCGCUGCAGGCGGGAGACCGUAUCUACGUCAUGCCCUGGAUCCCCUACCGCACGGACACGCUAACGGAGUACGCCUCGUGGGAGGACUACGUGGCCUCGCGCCACACCACCACCUACCGUCUGCCCAACCGCGUGGACGGCACGGGCUUUGUGGUCUACGACGGCGCGGUCUUCUACAACAAGGAGCGCACGCGCAACAUUGUCAAGUACGAUCUGCGCACGCGCAUCAAGAGCGGGGAGACUGUCAUCAACACGGCCAACUACCACGACACGUCGCCCUACCGCUGGGGGGGCAAGACGGACAUCGACCUGGCUGUGGACGAGAACGGGCUGUGGGUCAUCUACGCCACUGAGGGCAACAACGGGCGCCUGGUGGUGAGCCAGCUCAACCCCUACACGCUGCGCUUCGAGGGCACGUGGGAGACGGGCUACGACAAGCGCUCGGCGUCCAACGCCUUCAUGGUGUGCGGAGUCCUGUACGUGCUGCGCUCCGUGUACGUGGAUGACGACAGCGAGGCGGCCGGCAACCGCGUGGACUACGCCUUCAACACCAACGCCAACCGCGAGGAGCCGGUCAGCCUGGCCUUUCCCAACCCCUACCAGUUCGUUUCCUCCGUGGACUACAACCCUCGCGACAACCAGCUGUACGUCUGGAACAACUAUUUCGUGGUGCGCUACAGCCUGGAGUUCGGGCCGCCAGACCCCAGUGCCGGCCCAGCCACUUCCCCGCCUCUCAGCACAACCACCACAGCCCGACCCACACCCCUCACCAGCACGGCCUCUCCUGCGGCCACCACCCCGCUCCGCCGAGUGCCCCUCACCACACACCCGGUGGGCGCCAUCAACCAGCUGGGACCUGACCUGCCUCCAGCCACAGCCCUGGCUCCCAGCACCCGGCGGCCCCCUGCCCCCAAUCUGCACGUGUCCCCAGAGCUCUUCUGUGAACCUCGAGAGGUGCGGCGGGUCCAGUGGCCGGCCACCCAGCAGGGCAUGCUGGUCGAGAGGCCCUGCCCCAAGGGGACCCGAGGAAUUGCCUCCUUCCAGUGUCUACCAGCCCUGGGGCUCUGGAACCCCCGGGGCCCUGACCUCAGCAACUGCACCUCCCCCUGGGUCAACCAGGUGGCCCAGAAGAUCAAGAGCGGGGAGAACGCAGCCAACAUUGCCAGCGAGCUGGCCCGUCACACCCGAGGCUCCAUCUAUGCGGGUGACGUGUCCUCCUCCGUGAAGCUGAUGGAGCAGCUGCUGGACAUUCUGGAUGCCCAGUUACAGGCCUUGCGGCCCAUUGAGCGGGAGUCAGCGGGCAAGAACUACAACAAGAUGCACAAGCGGGAGAGAACAUGCAAAGACUACAUCAAGGCUGUGGUGGAGACAGUGGACAACCUGCUGCGGCCAGAGGCUCUGGAGUCCUGGAAGGACAUGAAUGCCACAGAGCAGGUGCACACCGCCACCAUGCUCUUGGAUGUGCUGGAGGAGGGCGCCUUCCUGCUGGCCGACAAUGUCCGGGAGCCCGCCCGCUUCCUGGCUGCCAAACAGAAUGUGGUCCUGGAGGUGACAGUCCUAAACACGGAGGGCCAAGUGCAGGAGCUGGUGUUCCCCCAGGAAUACCCAAGUGAGAACUCCAUCCAGCUGUCCGCCAACACCAUCAAGCAGAACAGCCGCAACGGUGUGGUCAAAGUGGUCUUCAUCCUCUACAACAACCUGGGACUCUUCUUGUCCACCGAGAAUGCCACAGUGAAGCUGGCGGGGGAAGCAGGUACGGGUGGCCCCGGCGGCGCCUCGCUCGUGGUGAACUCGCAGGUCAUUGCGGCGUCCAUCAACAAGGAGUCCAGUCGUGUCUUUCUCAUGGACCCUGUCAUCUUCACCGUGGCCCACCUGGAGGCCAAGAACCACUUCAAUGCUAACUGCUCCUUCUGGAACUACUCGGAGCGUUCCAUGCUGGGCUACUGGUCAACCCAGGGCUGCCGCCUGGUGGAGUCCAACAAGACCCAUACCACGUGUGCCUGCAGCCACCUCACCAACUUUGCCGUGCUAAUGGCUCACCGCGAGAUCUACCAAGGCCGCAUCAACGAGCUGCUGCUGUCGGUCAUCACCUGGGUGGGCAUCGUGAUCUCCCUCGUCUGCCUGGCCAUCUGUAUCUCUACCUUCUGCUUCUUGCGGGGGCUGCAGACCGACCGCAACACCAUCCACAAGAACCUGUGCAUCAACCUCUUUCUGGCCGAGCUGCUCUUCCUGGUCGGGAUAGACAAGACUCAGUAUGAGAUCGCAUGCCCCAUCUUCGCCGGCUUGCUGCACUACUUUUUCCUGGCCGCCUUCUCCUGGCUGUGCCUGGAGGGCGUGCACCUCUACCUGCUGCUGGUGGAAGUGUUUGAGAGCGAGUACUCCCGCACCAAGUACUACUACCUAGGUGGCUACUGCUUCCCGGCCCUGGUAGUAGGCAUCGCGGCGGCCAUCGACUACCGCAGCUAUGGCACCGAGAAGGCCUGCUGGCUCCGAGUGGACAAUUACUUCAUCUGGAGCUUCAUUGGACCUGUCUCUUUUGUUAUUGUGGUGAACCUGGUGUUCCUCAUGGUGACCCUGCACAAGAUGGUCCGGAGCUCGUCUGUGCUCAAGCCUGAUUCCAGUCGCCUGGACAACAUUAAAUCCUGGGCCCUGGGGGCCAUCGCGCUGCUCUUCCUGCUGGGCCUCACCUGGGCGUUCGGCCUGCUCUUCAUCAAUAAGGAGUCAGUGGUCAUGGCCUAUCUCUUUACCACUUUCAACGCCUUCCAGGGGGUCUUCAUCUUUGUCUUUCACUGCGCCUUACAGAAGAAGGUGCACAAGGAGUACAGCAAGUGCCUGCGUCACUCCUACUGCUGCAUCCGCUCCCCACCCGGGGGCGCUCACGGCUCACUCAAGACCUCAGCCAUGCGGAGCAACACCCGCUACUACACAGGAACCCAGGUAUCUGGGCAGGGGCCAGGGCUCUGGGCAGGGCUCCCUGGGGCUGAGUAUUGGACCCAAGACCCCAAGAGGCAGGUUAGCACCCAGCCCAGGUCCCUAGUGGUGCUCAGCAGGCAAGUGGCCUCAGAAAGAUCUUGGAGGGUGGGCAGUCUGGGUGUGGGGUCCUCACAGCCAGGCUGUCCCCAGAGCCGAAUCCGGAGGAUGUGGAAUGACACGGUGAGGAAACAGACGGAGUCCUCCUUCAUGGCAGGCGACAUCAACAGCACCCCCACCUUGAACCGAGGUACCAUGGGGAACCACCUGCUGACCAACCCUGUGCUGCAGCCCCGUGGGGGCAGCAGCCCCUACAACACCCUCAUCGCUGAGUCGGUGGGCUUCAAUCCCUCUUCACCUCCUGUCUUCAAUUCCCCAGGGAGCUACCGGGAACCCAAGCACCCUCUGGGAGGCCGGGAAGCCUGCGGCAUGGACACACUGCCCCUCAACGGCAACUUCAACAACAGUUACUCCUUGCGGAGUGGGGAUUUCCCUCCAGGGGACGGGGCCUCAGAGCCGCCCCGAGGCCGGAACCUGGCCGAUGCUGCUGCCUUCGAGAAGAUGAUCAUCUCAGAGCUGGUACACAACAACCUGCGGGGUAGCAGCAGCGGGGCCAAGGGCCCCCCACCACCUGAACCCCCCGUGCCACCUGUGCCAGGGGGUGGUGGCGAGGAAGAAGCAGGCGGGCCCGGGGGUGCUGACCGGGCAGAGAUCGAACUUCUCUACAAGGCCUUGGAGGAGCCACUGCUGCUGCCCCGGGCCCAGUCGGUGCUGUACCAGAGUGAUCUGGAUGAGUCGGAGAGCUGCACUGCGGAGGAUGGGGCCACCAGCCGGCCCCUAUCCUCCCCUCCGGGCCGGGACUCCCUCUACGCCAGCGGGGCCAACCUGCGGGACUCGCCCUCCUAUCCGGACAGCAGCCCCGAGGGGCCCAGUGAGGCCCUGCCCCCACCCCCGCCUGCACCCCCCGGCCCCCCGGAAAUCUACUACACCUCGCGCCCACCGGCCCUCGUGGCCCGGAACCCCCUGCAGGGCUACUACCAGGUGCGGCGGCCCAGCCACGAGGGCUACCUGGCGGCCCCGGGCCUUGAGGGGCCAGGGCCCGAUGGGGAUGGGCAGAUGCAGCUGGUCACCAGUCUCUGAGGGACCUCAUGGACCAGGGGCUGGUGGCCCAGGCCAGGGAGGGAACCCUGGGUGGGGCUCCAGUGGGAGAGGGAGACUCAUGGAGGCAGUGGCUGGUGGGCCACUCUCUCCAGGUACCCUUCAGCCGUGGGCCCUCUAGGCCCCUCAGGAGCUCUGCCGUGGGGGCCUGUGGUGCAGGGUUCACAGACAGGGUUUCCUACCAGCCAUGCGCACCAGCUCGAUUUGGGGGAAGUGCAGUAAGGAGAGG